AUGAAACGUAAGAUAGAGUCUGAUAAUGAUAUUGACGACGAUAUUGAUGAUGAAUCAUUUGAUUUUGGUGAAUGUUAUGCUCCUUCACGUACUCACAAGCUGAUAGGGAAAGUCAGUACACCUGCUCCCGACCAGCCUUGGGUUGAAAAAUACAAACCUCAAUCAGUUAAUGAAAUUGCAAUAAAUCCAACCAAAUUGAAGCAGUUAAGGGACAAAAUGAAUGGCAUGUUACAACAAGGAAGCCCAAGAAUCUUGGUUGUUACGGGUCCUUCGGGAUGUAGUAAAUCAACGGCAGUAAAAUUAAUCAGUGAAGAACUAUCAAGAGGUUUUGUUGAAUACAAUGAGUUAGAAGACUUCAAUGAGUUCCUCAAUGAUUGUAAAUACUUGAUUGACAAAAAUGAAAGAUUCGUUGUAGUUGAAAAUCUACCGAAUGUUUUUUACAGCGAAACGUUGAAAAGAUUUCGACAGGCGAUCGAAAAUUGGUUAUAUAUUGAUCAAAAUUUACCUCCGUUAGUGAUUUGUAUUUCAGAAUUUGAAAAGAAGUUCAAUGAAAACAACCAUGAGUUUUUCAAUAUAGAGAACAACUUCAAUAUCAACACAAUAUUCGGUAAGAACAUUUUGUUUUAUAGAGGCAUUGAAGUUCUAAAAUUCAAUAGCAUUGCUAAAAGGUUCCUUACUAAACCACUAAAACAAAUUGUAGGAAGAGAAAAGGUGUUUAAAAAUAUUCGCCAAAACAAUAUUAACAAAUUCAUGGACAUUAUUGUUGAAGCGGGAGAUAUAAGAUUAUCAAUCAACAACUUAGAGAUGUGGAGUAAAUUUUUCAGUAAAGGUAUGGACUCCACAAAUGAUUACAAAAAAGAUGAAGCAAUUGACUUAUUCCAUGCUAUAGGUAAAAUAAUAUACUCUUCCACAGAUCACAGGGAUUUGGAUAAAUCUGAACAAUUGAAUAAUAACAUCAACGAUAUCUUGAAGAAAUAUGAAAAUCUACAGUUAUUGAAUCUUUCAAUUCUCGAGAAUUAUAGCAACUUCAUCAAUGAAACUGACUUUGAAACUAUGGAAUUCAUAAGCAACAAACUAAGUGAAAGCGAGUUGAUAUACAAAUUCGAUGAAGGUAAAGAUGUAAUGAUUAGAAGUACCAGGGUGGGUCUAGACGAAAACCUCAUAUCUAAUAAGAAAUUCAACAGUAUAACUUUCACGAAGAAUUUCAACAUGUUGAGGGAAGCAAACAAAGUGAGUAGGAUUAUUCACCAAUUGAAAGGUUCACCAAAUUUUCAAACCUCCUUCAAUAAUAUCAAUCUCAUUGAUGGAUUCUAUGUCCCAAUAAUAAUUAAUAAAUUGCAGUACAAGAACUACGAUAGAAUUGGUGGUAAAUUCAAAUAUUUGGGUGACAGUCUUUUUGAAGAAGAAGAACCUUCACAGCAAUUGGAGUUCAAAAUAGAUAUCAAGGACAAUGCUGACGAUGAUGAUGAACUAUCAGAUCCAUUAGAGGAUUCUGAUGAUGAUUUUGAUUUAACGAUUAACGACAACGAGAGAAAGCCAUUACCACAUGAAUCUGAUUAUGAGUUUCUGGAUGAUUCAGAGUUCAUGUAA